UCUUCAGGAUGCAGUGCCAGGCGCAGAUGGCAAAUCAAUUGGGGAGCAUGCACGGAGGUUGUGUGGCUACGAUUGUCGACAAUCUGACGAGCGUCGCGGUCUACCUACACCUCGCCGACCUCGAGCCGACGACCCCUUGGGCCUUCCUCGGCGUGACCCAGUCCCUGUCCGUCGUCUACCUCGCGGCAGUCCCCGUCGAUUCAUGGGUGGACAUCGAGUGCAACGUGAUCAGCUUGGGAAGCCGCAUCGUCGUUGUCACAUGCGAUAUGUAUCUGUUGGAGUCGGAGGACGGCGGGCGCAUCAGAAAGACGGCUAGCGGGACGCACACCAAAGUGGACAAUUCUUUUGCCUCGAGGAUGUAAGCGCGAGGCGCGAUGGUGCAUAGCAGCCACGAAUAGAUGCGUGACCGGAGAUACUCUACUCUAGACUGCCUCGUAAAUUAAUGUCACUUUGUGGUCCUGCUGCCAUUC